AAGAAGAAGCAGAAGAAGAAGAAGAAGAAGAAGAAGAAGAAGAAGAAGCAGAAGAAGAAGAAGAAGCAGAAGCAGAAGAAGAAGAAGAAGAAGAAGAAGAAGAAGAAGAAGAAGAAUUCCUUUGUCUUCGGUUUUUCAACUGUCAACUAAUUUCGUCGAAUUUCUUUUAGCUUGAUUAACGGGACAUGACGGAUCCAGGAAAGUUUUCCCGCUAAGACGACGAUUCGAGACGAACAGUGCAGGAGUGGUUUGUGGUCCAGAUCGAUGUCAGCAAGGCGAUUCACAACCACAACAAAAGGUUUAAAGAUUCCUCUACCGAGAUCCAAAGGAAACCACAACACGCACUGAACUAGCCCCUAAAACCCUGAAAGCAUGCAUGUAGUCUGCGGAGCAGUCGACGUGGAGUAAAGGAGAAAACUAACGCCGUGGAAGUGGAAUCAACACAGAAGUUAAUCUGUGACAAAUCACACAUCUACUGAGGUGUAAUUUGUCCUGAGUCAAGUUUUACCAAGACUAGAUUUAAAUUCUUCAUUUGGGACUCAGCACAGAUGCUUCCUUUACCAGUUCAGCACCCUGCACCUGAGAGCAAGUCCUCAUUGCUGCAUUCCUCGGUGAAAGGAAGAACUUCUAGCACUUUGACAUCUUCAAAAAAAACAAAGGGAGAAACUAAGAGGAAGCUCGUUUCCUCCUCCUUCACUUAUCAGUCACUCACAAAGUCUUUGCAGAUGGAAAAGCCACUCACGAACCAUCAAAUAUGCAACCUCAUCGCAGACAGACUUGCAGAGUUAAGGUCCACUUUAUCCAGUAGACUGUAUAACAGUGACAGAGAUGCACAAAGGGAAAGUCUGCACCAUCCUACAGCCAGCAAACCGCUAGACGGGGUGAAGAUCAGCAGAGGAAACUCAGGGUUGACUCCCACACCUAAAGAUGAAGGAUAUCCACGUUUAACAGAACAUCCAGGCAUAAAGAAAGAAGGAGGAGGUUCGAAGGUUUUCACUCCAUCAGGUGGAGCAACUGAGAAUCUGGAAAACAGGAACAGAAUUCCUCAUGCUCACAGCGUUCUGGCACAGAAGAAAAGAGGAGAUUCAAACCUAAAAGCAGAGCAUGUGACUGGGUUGGAAAGGACAAGCACAGAAGAACAUAACGCUGGUGAAACAGCUCUGGCUGAUGAUGCCGGAUCAGCUGUUACAAACCAAACUAGACAAAUGUGCAGCAAAGCGUGUAAAAUGAUGGAGGAGGUGACAGAAAACCGGCACACCCCUCCCGCUGGAAGAACGCCUGGAGAAAUGCUGCCUGUCGCCGUCCUCAGAGAUCCCCAGUAUGAUGACAUAUCGGACGAAGAUCUGCCAGGGAUGACCAUAAUGAAAGAUGAAGGCGAACAUGAGAUUCACAGUGAGCCUGAUGAUGAUGAUGAUGGUUGGGAUGUCAUACCUGUCAGCAUUUUAAACCUCAAACUUGAACCAGCUGAGCACUCUGACCUGAAAGGUGACGGUGAAAAUGGAAAUAAGGUACAAAAGCCAGUACCAGCUUCUGCGUUUGCCCAGAUGGAGGUCUUUGACACACCUGUUGAACAAGAACAAACGGUAAAAUUGGGGCAGCUUUCCUUUGUGAUGCCGUCUUUAUGUAGCCCUCACAAAGAAAAGUCUCAUUCAAGCCACAGGACGAGGGAGUCCUGCUCCGAGGCAGAGGACAGCAAUGAAACCGAGGACAGUUGUGACUACUCUUCUGGUCCAGAAGGGAACUAUUUAACGGUGUCCAGGCAGCUGCUUAAGAACCUGCCAGCAUCUGCGUUACCAAAGACAUCCGUCUUUUCAGACUCCAAGGCUGAAAAUGAGAAGGAAGAUAAUGAGAGAAGAAAGUUACUUGGAGGUCAGUCCAGGAGGAGAAAAGAAGCGUAUGUGAUUGAUCUGGAUUCUGGUGAUGAAAGUGACAAAAAGUGCACAAAAAGGAAGCGAAGGAAGAAGAGAUGUUCAUCUCCAUGCUCCGAGAACAGAGGAACCACCUCUGCUCCUAAGAAAACAAGACAACAUUUUCCUGAAACCGUCCCAGAAAACUUUCACAAAGCCAGAAGAUCCCAGGAAGAUUCCAGGCACCAGGAAAUCUAUAUUCCCUCACAGAGGACAGAUCAGCAUGGGAUGUCCAGACAAAUUAAGCUCGAUGACGAAAACAUAAUCAUCCUGUCUGACUCGGAUGAGUAGAGCAGUUACAAAUGUAAAGACAAAAAGCAGAUUUUAUUUAAGAGUGGGAGGACUGCUGUUCCACAACCAACCAAAACUGUCUUCUACAGAUUCAUCGAUGCUACAAAUCCGGUACAAACCGGAUGGAGGAAUAGAUGUGGACACAAUCCGACUUGUCUCCCAGCUGGCUGAAUGACAAUAAAUAAGCAUUAGCACCAAAAAACAACUAACUUUUUUUAUUAUCUAAGUGGGAGAUAAUUAUCAAACAUUUCCAUCUGAACUGAAGAAAAA